UAUAUUGAUCGGGCCUUAUUUCUUAAAUGUAUCAUUGGUAAAUUGUGGCUGUCUGAUUAUUAAUAACGAGUCAUUAUUUAUGAUGCAAGGUGAUUUGUAGAUCAUUAGUCGUCAGUCUGCUGAAAUGUCGAACAAGCCCAUUGGGUAGCUGAUGCAAUGUGAUUUAUAGAUUAGUCAGCUUCGCCUUUAAAGUCGACUUGAGACUGAAAGGACCGAACUUUGACAGAUGUAAGACUACUAAUGAUGCAAUGCACACAUGCCUACAUUUCAGGGAAGCUGGUUAUAGUUUGCUGGCUCUUAUUGGACGCAAGAGAAGAUAUCCAAGCGCGUGGAUUGGCCAGCUAAACAUCAAUGGCGAUGGGAAAGACAGACGAUACAUGUGUCUGCUCCAACCGCUUCCUGGUCCAGAGUAGGUUCCACGAUCACUUCAUAGAGAAGUUGGGGAAAGCCAUGGACGCAGAGCUCCGUCUGGGCCACGGCUCUGACCCAAACACCACCCAGGGACCCCUCAUCAAUGUCCGUGCCUCUGAGAAGGUGGAGCACCAGGUAAUGGAUGCAGUGUCUCGGGGGGCCAAGGUGCUAAGGGGGGGGGGGGGGGGAAGCGUCUGGAUGGCUCGUUCCAUCAGCCCACUCUGCUGGCUGAUGUCACCACAGACAUGCUGUGUACCAGAGAGGAAACCUUCGGUCCUCUCCUCCCUGUCAUCAGGUUUAACGCAGGGAAGGAAGCACUUGCCAUUGCCAAUGCAUCUCAUGUGGGUUUAGCAGGUGAGCUAAACAGUAUUGUAUGCACCUUGCUGUCAUGUCUGAAAAUCCCUCAAACCUUCCAAAUGGACAUUGACCCCAAGCAUACUUCCAAAGUUGUGGCAAAAUGGCUUAAGGACAACGAAGUCAAGGUAUUGGAGU